UGACCCUGGUUUGGCAGAUCCUGAUGAGAGUGAACACUAGGAGGAUUCUUGCAAUCUUCCAGCGUACCACCUGGAAGAAGGUCACUUUCUUUGGAGUAAAGGAUAUAAUAGCCUGCCGAGGAAGGCAGGCCCCUGCAGGAGUCUUGGAGGGUCGGAUGCAGCGCCGGAUGAGGAUGAGGCGUGGCGGAAGAUGCGUUUGGCUCUGCAGACACUGCAUCGGGCAGCAGGGGACUCUGGGAGGCUGGUGCAGCCUGAAGGCAUGGCUCUUGACAGCCUUCUAGUAGAAUCUCUGGAAUUGUGCAUGACAGAAGAGGAAAGAAACUAACGGGUAUUGAGCACCUACUUUGUGCCAGGCCCAGGCCAGGUCCCCCCCACCUCCAGCCAGUCUGUGCAGACUUGCUGCCUGCUGUGCCACCGUGAGCGCAAAGGCUGGGAAGAAGGCCCUUCGCAAAAUGGACUGGUGUUGCAGGGUGAGAAGCUGCCCCCUGACUUCAUGCCAAAGCUCGUCAAGAAUCUCCUAGGCGAGAUGCCUCUGUGGGUCUGCCAGAGUUGCCGAAAGAGCAUGGAGGAAGAUGAAAGGCAGACAGGUCGAGAACAUGCAGUGGCGAUUUCCUUGUCGCACACAUCCUGCAAAUCACAAUCUUGUGGGGAUGACUCCCAUUCCUCCUCAUCGUCUUCCUCUUCAUCAUCCUCAUCUUCUUCCUCCUCUUCCUGCCAUGGGAACUCAGGGGACUGGGAUCCCAGCUCGUUCCUAUCAGCACAUAAGCUUUCCGGUCUCUGGAACUCCCCACACUCCAGCGGGGCUGUGCCAGGCGGCGCACUUGGGAGUCCUCCUGCCAUCCCUGGUGAGGCUUUCCCUGUCUUGGAGCAUCACCAGCACUCAGACCUCACUGCUCCCCCUAACAGCCCCACCGGCCACCACCCUCAGCCAGCAUCUCUGAUCCCUUCUCACCCUGGCUCCUUCAGCUCGCCAUCCCAGCCACACCUGCUGCCCGCUACCCUGGCAGCACCUUUUCCUGUCCAGGCUUCAGAGUGCCCUGUGGCUGCUGCCACUGCCUCCCAUCCCCCAGUGCCAUGUCAGAGCCCCCACCUGCCUUCCACCAGCAUGCCACUCCUGAAGAUGCCUCCGUCAUUCUCAGGGUGCAGCCACCCCUGCAGCGGGCACUGCAGCGGGCACUGCAGUGGGCCUCUCCUCCCACCACCGAGCUCUCAGCCACUCCCUAGCACUCACAGCAGGGAUCCUGGGUGCAAGGGGCAUAAGUUUGCACACAGUGGCCUGUCCUGCCAGAUGCCCCAGUCCUGUGAGGCAGAUGAGGGGCUGGGCGAGGAAGAGGAUAGCAGCUCUGAGCAAAGCUCAUGCACCUCCUCCUCCACCCACCAGAGAGACGGGAAGUUCUGUGACUGCUGCUACUGUGAGUUCUUCGGCCACAAUGCGCCACCCGCUGCCCCGACGAGUCGGAAUUAUACUGAGAUCCGAGAGAAGCUCCGCUCAAGGCUGACCAGGCGGAAAGAGGAGCUGCCCAUGAAGGGGGGCGCCCUGGGCGGGAUCCCUGGGGAGCCUGCCGUGGACCACCGAGAUGUGGAUGAGCUGCUGGAAUUCAUCAACAGCACGGAGCCCAAAGUCCCCAACAGCGCCAGGGCUGCCAAGCGGGCCCGGCACAAGCUGAAAAAGAAGGAAAAAGAGAAGGCCCGGCUAGCAGCGGAAGCUCUGCAGCAGGUAAAUCAUGUUUCUGGAAGCCAAGAGCCAAGGCCUGCCAGGGAAGAGCUCCUGGAGUGGCCUGACCGGGAGCUGGACCGGGUCAAUAGCUUCCUAAGCAGCCGCCUGCAGGAGAUCAAGAGCUCUGUCAGGGACUCCCUCCGUGCCAGCUUCAGCAUGUGUGAGAUCAGCAUAGACAGCAGUGACUUCACUAAGGAGGGAGCUCUGGAGCCUCAGCCUCAGACUCUAACCCCUUCAGACUUCAACAGCUCUACUGAACCACAACUUGAUAUCAACCUUGACCUAUCCCCCUUGACUUUGGGCUCCCCACAGAGUCAUGCAUUACAAACUCCAGGUGAGCCAGCCCCACCAUGGGCGGAAAUGAGAGGCUCCCACCCACCAUGGACAGAGGUGAGGGGCCCCCCUCCUGGUAUCAUCCCUGAGAAUGGGCUAGUGAGAAGACUUAAUACUGUGCCCAACCUAUCUCGGGUGAUUUGGGUCAAGACACCCAAGCCAGGCAAUCCUAGCUCUGAGGAGCUAAGUUCAAAGGAGGCCCCAGGUUGUAAACAGGAGUCUUCGGAGCUUGUAGCCACAGGUGGGAAGCCAAGAAAGAGCAAGCGACAGGGAAGUCAGGCCAAGAAGAGUGAGGCGAGUCCUGCCCCCCAACCUCCAUCCAACCUAGAGACUCCCAGUUCUACGAGCCAGAUGCCUACCCGUACCAAGCAACCAGGCAAAGGCCCAGGGCCUCUUAAAGUGAGCAACGGUGCUGAGUCUGGAGAGGGCAGCCGCCCGGGACCAGGUUGGACUGACAGCCCCAAAACUGGGGAUAAGGGCAGCUGCUGGAGAAACUGGCCGGGUGAACCCAAAGCACGGUCCCCGGAGGAGUUUGUGCAACCCUCUGGCCCAACGAGGCCACAGAACUUGCCCCAGAGCAAAGGCCGCAGCCGCCGGAGCCGCAACAAGCAAGAGAAGUCAGCCUCUUCCUUGGACGAUGUCUUCCUGCCCAAGGACACGGAUGGGGUAGAGAUGGAUGAGACUGACCGUGAGGUGGAGUACUUCAAGAGGUUCUGUUUGGAUUCUGCAAAGCAAACUCGUCAGAAAGUUGCUGUGAAUUGGACCAACUUCAGCCUCAAGAAAACCACUCCCAACACAGCUCAGUGAGCCCUGACCAGGUCAACUUUUCCAGGGUAUCCCCAGGCCCCAGUUGCAAGCUGAAGGUCUACAAUUUCUCCUUCCCAUACCCUGCCACUUUUCCCGACACUUCAUGUUCCCACCAGCCUGGACCAACCAAAAGCUGAAUGGAUGCUGUGCUGUGCUGGGACCUUCAGGACCUCAGCAGAGCCGCUUCUUGGUGCUACGCAUCCUUCACAUUCAGAGCCCAGGGACUGGGCUGGCCUGUGGGCCAGGGGCUGACGGUACUGCUGGCCCAACACUGCUCUCUUUGUGUUUGGUUUUAUGUUGUUUGUUUGUUCAUUUUUUCAAUUCUUUACUUUUGAUACUGUGAAUAUCUUUCCUGCCGAAAGAUAAAGCAACAUUUGGACACGGA